UUUGAUCGAAACUAUUAAAAAUAGUUAAAGAUACUUGUAUUGUUGGAUCAUUGUACCAUGGAUGAUGUUGUGUAACAUGAGAUAUAUUGGAGAUAAGACACACAUAGUUACCCCUUGAAAUAAGGCAUGUAUUAGUAAAACAUGAUGUUUUACAUAAAAAAAUGUUCAUGUCAUUGUUUUGUUUUGUGCAUUUUAAGUUUUUAACAAUUAUUCCAAUUAACAUAAAUAUUACCUUGAAGUUGGGAUUAUUCAGAAAUUUUUUGGGUAUUUUUUUACAUUUUUUUCUUUUUUCUUGGUGAGGGAAGAGGAUAAGGGCUAGUAUUGUGGUUGUUAAAAACAAUUAGGGGGGUUCAUGAAAAUCCAUAUGGUAAGGAUGACAAUGGAGUCGAUGCCCCUUCAGGAGUGGUUUGGGAAAGGCAAAAUCUAGGUAAGGGUCGGUUCAAGAUUUUUUCCCCUUAAGCUAGAGUUGGUUUCUAUCUAAUUAAAUUUUAUAACAUCCCAUCUCAUAUAUUUAUUUACAUUUAUGCCCUUAAAGAAUCCCUUUGUUGCAAAAGAACCGGCUAUAAAAGGAAAAUGUUUUCCUAAUCUCAUACUCUCAUUUCACAAACACAACCUUCCUCCUUCACGGUCUAGCCCUAACCCUAAGUCACAUAGUGCCAAUGUCGUCCUCCUCCCAAGCACCAGCUGCUCGGCGCACCCUCAAUCGCGGACGUGUUGCCUCAUCACUUUGUCACAUUGACCCUCAAGGUCAAUCUGAUCAACAAAUUGAAGUACCAGAGUUCAUACAUAUCAAUAGGAAUGAUUUCUCAUAUAGAAAACACAUAAAGCAGAAGGAAAAUGAUAUUGCCAUCUGUGAAUGCAAGUACAAAGCCAAUGAUCCAGAUAGUGCAUGUGGAGAGAGGUGCUGGAAUGUAUUAACUAGCAUAGAGUGCACACCUCGCUAUUGUCCAUGCAGCAUCCAUUGCAAGAAUCAGAGAUUUCAGAAGCGUGAAUAUGCUAAAACGAAGUUGUUCAGGGCUGAAGGCCGUGGGUGGGGUCUUUUGGCUACAGAGAACAUUAAGGCUGGAGAAUUUGUUAUGGAGUACUGUGGAGAAGUGAUUUCACGGACAGAAGCAAGGGGAAGGUCCCAAGUUUAUGUAUCACAAGGCCUUAAGGAUGUAUAUAUAAUUCCUCUGAAUGCUAGGGAAUGCAUUGAUGCAACCAAAAAAGGAAACCUGGCUAGGUUUAUAAACCACUCAUGCCAACCAAAUUGUGAGACAAUGAAGUGGUCAGUUUUGGGGGAAGAUAGAGUUGGCAUUUUUGCAUUGAGAAAUAUAUCAGUUGGAACGGAACUGACUUACAGUUACAACUUUGAAUGGUAUAGUGGUGCCAAGGUUCGCUGCCUUUGUGGGGCAACCAGAUGCUCAGGUUUUCUUGGGGGGAAGCCUUGUGGAUUCCAGGAGGAUUCGUUUGCAUGGGAGAAGAACAAUGAGAGAUACUCAGGGGGGGAUAAACCUUCUUCUUCGCUGGGGCCAAAAAAAAGAUUAAAACAUGAUCAUAAUGGAGGGUCAAGACCCCUCCCAGGAAAGCAAGUUGAUGCAAAAUAUGUUGCCCAAUUCUUAGCAUCAAAGGAAGCUCAAGAGGAGGUCUUAAAAAAUGAGGAAGAAAGGAAGGAGGCCUUGUCCCAUCUGGCCUCUGUGUACAGGGAGAUUGAGCCUGCUAUAGAAGAUCAUGAUAUGUAUGGUCCAGCCAAUGUGCCAACUGAUGUGGCAGAGCAAUGGAUAGGGGCCAGCUGCCGGAAACUGAAGGCAGAGUUUAACCUUCAUUCCUCUAUCAUCAGAAAUCUUAUCUGCCCACCACAAAGAGCACCAGAAGAUGCAAAGCCCUCAGCAGGAGACCCUGAUCAUGAAAUCAAGUGAUUGAAAAGACCAAAAUUUUCAAUUUUGUUAGCCCUUUAGAAGCUUGGUUGUUUUAAUUGAAGAUUAUUAUUUUCUUUAGCUGGUUCCUGCCAUUUAUUUGUUUUGUUGUGAAACAUUUGCUCUGAUCAAACUUCAAAGGUCUAAUUGAUGCUUUAAGUUUUGAAUAA